AUGAGGGCAUGGCAGGAAAACAUCUCGCUGAAGGAGCUGCAGCGCAGGGGCGUCUGCUUGCUCAAACUCCAAGCUGCCAACCAAAGAACUGGCCUGUACGGGCGGCUGCUCGUGACGUUUCAGUCCAGAAAACCCAGUUCGGAUGCUGAGCUGCCCUCUAACAGUUUUGGGCCUGGUGACAUUGUGGGUCUUUACGAGUCAGUCGGCCAGGGUGAUCCGCUCUCCACUGGCAUCAUAACACGCGUCACCUCCAAAUCAGUGACUGUUGCCUUUGAGGAAUCUCGAGAUGGCAUGCUGAGCUUGGACCGAGAGGGCUCCUACCGUCUGCUGAAACUAGCCAACGACGUCACCUACAAGAGACUGAAAAAGGCUUUAAAUGCACUAAGUCAGUAUCACGGUGGUCCAGCCUCUGAUCUGAUCGAUGUCCUCUUCUUCUCUUCCGCUCCAAGCGCAUUCAGUGAAACAAAGCCUUUAAAGCUCUACAACGACUCCCUAGAUGCAUCGCAGAAGGAUGCCAUCUCCUUCUCGCUGGCACAGAGAGAGCUCGCCAUCAUCCAUGGCCCACCUGGCACAGGGAAGACCACAACAAUAGUAGAGAUCAUCUUGCAAGCAGUACAGCAAGGCCUGAAGGUCCUGUGUUGUGCCCCUUCCAAUGUUGCAGUGGAUAACCUGGUGGAAAGGCUGGCCAGCUACAAAGCCCGCAUUCUGCGCCUGGGGCACCCAGCUCGCCUCCUGGAGCCUAUCCAACAGUACGCCUUGGAUGCGGUCUUGGCCCGCGGUGACAGCGCUCAGAUAGUGGCAGAUAUCAGGAAGGAGAUCGACCAGGCGUUCGCAAAAACCAAAAAGGCUCAAGACAAGGGAGAACGGAGCCAUUUUCUAAGCGAGAUAAAGGCACUGAGAAAGGAGCUGAAGGAACGAGAAGAAACUGCCAUGACUGCAGCCCUUACCCAUGCCAGCGUUGUCCUUGCUACAAAUACAGGUGCUUCCUCUGAUGGUCCACUGAAGCUGCUUCCCGAAAAUCACUUUGAUCUGGUGGUGAUAGAUGAGUGCGCUCAGGCCCUCGAAGCCAGCUGCUGGAUACCUCUGCUGAAAGCACCAAAGUGCAUCCUGGCUGGCGAUCACAAGCAGCUUCCCCCCACCAUCAUCUCGCACAAGGCUGCUGCCAAGGGCCUGUCACUCAGCCUGAUGGAGCGUCUCAUAGAGAGGUACGGGGAGAAGGCUACGAGGAUGCUGACGGUGCAGUACCGCAUGCACCGGGCCAUCAUGCAGUGGGCUUCCUCGGAGAUGUACGGCGGCCGGCUUACCGCCCACCCGGCGGUAGCCCAGCAUUUGCUCAAGGACCUGCCGGGCGUCACGGCUACGGAAGAGACUGCGAUUCCCUUAUUGCUGAUAGACACCGCCGGCUGCGGCCUGUUUGAGCUGGAAGAGGAAGACGAGCAGUCCAAAGGGAACCCAGGCGAGGUGCAGCUGGCCGGGUUGCACAUCCAAGCUUUGGUGGAAGCCGGCGUGAAGGCCCGAGACGUUGCCGUUGUAGCUCCCUACAACCUCCAGGUGGACAUGCUAAGAGAGCACCUUGGCCACAGGUACCCGGAGCUGGAAAUUAAAUCAGUUGAUGGUUUCCAGGGAAGAGAGAAAGAGGCGGUGGUCCUCUCGUUCGUGAGAUCCAACAGGAAGGGCGAAGUGGGCUUUCUCGCCGAAGACCGGCGGAUCAACGUAGCGGUGACCCGUGCCCGGCGCCACGUGGCUGUUAUCUGCGACUCCCGCACGGUCAGCAACCAAGCCUUUCUGAAGCGCCUCGUGGAUUACUUCGGCCAGCACGGGGAGGUGCGCACGGCCUUCGAGUACCUCGACAACCUCGUGCCGGAGAACUACUCUCACGAGGGCCGAGCGAGCCGGCCCCCCCCCCCCCCGGGCCCCAACCCGCGGCCGCCUCCGGCGAGGAAACGCAACGCAGCGGCCUCCCAACCAGCUCCUCCAAAGCCAGAAGCACGUUCCUCCCCGAGCCACCCUGGAGCAGAGAGCCCGGGGCCGAAAGAUGCCGCAGACAAACUCCAGGCCAUGCUGGGGUUCCUGCAGCGUCGCCUCUCCCCGGUGAACUGCGGCGAGGAUUCCCGCGGGAAACCAUGUUUUCAACGGGGCGCAAAGCAGACGGCUGCUCAGGAACGGGUAAGGAGGAGCUCCAGGCUCUGGGCCUACUUAUUCCCAGGCUUAUUCCCACCUUAUUCGGCUUAUUCCCACCUAAGCGAGGGCUGCUGCUCAGCCCCGUUUCGCGCCCGACGCCGCUGUCCCUUCUCUCUCCGGCAGGUUCACGGGUGCGGGGAGAAGGCCAAGGGCCACGCGCGGCAGAGGCUCAGCAGGGAAGGGGUGCUCUACGCCGGCGGCGGCGCCAAGGACAAGGCCCUGGACCCAGCCAAGAGAGCCCAUCUGCAGAGGCGCCUGGACAAAAAGCUUAACGAGCUGAGCAGCCAGCGAAAGAGCAAGAAGAAAGACAAAGAGAAAUGAAGAACUUAAGAUUUUUUUUUUCCCCCUCCCUCCCUCUUUGUCCUCUGACAACGAAAAACAAGUUUGUUUGUCGGGUUGGUUGUUUUUGACUUGAGAUCGCAGGUCAGACUAGAGAAAGCAAAGAUGCUCUUCAGGCUACAGGAGCACGCCGAGGCGGAGAGGGAAAAAGGGGAGCUCUCCUGGGGCACGGCCGAGCGCUCGGAGCCAGCGCGCCGUAAAACUGCCGCGUGAACCGGCGCUGGGCCGCUCUAAACGCCAGAGCGGCGCUGGAGGAAGGCGAGCAGCUUUAUUGAGCCGGGUUAUUUUUAUUGACAAGGUAAGAGAGGGAGGCAGGGAAGCCGGAGAAUGACAAUAAAGGCGGCUAUUAA